UCCUCCUCACUUAGCCCGGCGAUCCAUGCCGAGAGGAAGGAGGUGCGAGCCCGCGCCAGCACCCAGCUCCCGGGACAGGGCCCGCAAUGCUGCUGAGCAGAACUUGAUCGCGCCCUCUCCUCGCUGCUAGGCGAAGCGAUGCUGCACGGCCCGGCCAGCGCCACCCCGGCUCUCCUUCAGGCUGAAGGUUACCCAGCCGCGCAGCCAGCCCCAGCCUGGUGAAGCCGCCGGCGCGCCUCGGGUCCCGGCUCCGGCUGCUUGGCGGCGGCGGCGCGCAGGGCAACCACCGGGCCGCCCGCGCCGGGGCGCACUGCACCAGCGGGCUUCGGCUUGCUGGAUGUGUAUGCAUGAGUUCUGCACCGAAUGGGCGCAAAAAGCGCCCCAGCCGGUCCACUCGCUCCUCGAUCUUCCAGAUCAGCAAACCCCCGCUGCAGAGCGGGGAUUGGGAGCGCAGGGGCAGCGGCGGCGAAGGCACCCACAAAACCCAACGAGCCCUGGACGACUGCAAGAUGCUGGUCCAAGAGUUCAACACGCAAGUGGCCCUGUACCGAGAGUUGGUCAUUUCUAUUGGGGACGUCUCGGUCAGUUGUCCCUCACUCCGAGCGGAAAUGCACAAGACAAGAACCAAAGGCUGUGAAAUGGCCCGUCAGGCACACCAAAAGCUGGCUGCCAUAUCAGGCCCAGAAGAUGGUGAAAUUCAUCCAGAAAUCUGUCGACUUUACAUCCAGCUGCAGUGCUGCUUAGAAAUGUACACAACAGAGAUGCUAAAAUCUAUUUGUCUGCUGGGAUCUCUUCAGUUUCAUCGAAAAGGAAAGGAAGCUGGUGGGACAGUAAAAAGUUUGGAUGGCAAAAUUGAGGAGAGUGCUGAAAUACCUGCCCAGGAGGACUCCUCCCCCUCCCCCGUGGAAACUCAGCAGCACUCCUGGCAGGUUUCCACAGACAUUGAGAACACUGAAAGAGACAUGCGAGAAAUGAAAAACCUUUUAAGCAAACUCAGGGAAACUAUGCCUUUACCACUGAAAAAUCAAGAUGACAGCAGCCUUCUGAAUCUAACUCCCUACCCACUGGUUAGAAGACGUAAGAGAAGGUUUUUCGGGCUGUGCUGUCUGGUCUCAAGCUAGGCAGAUCCUUCUGGAAACCCACCACCAGGAAUACCUGAAAAACAUCACCAAACCCAAGGACCUCCAGACAGCUGAACUAUACAGUGAUUGGUUUUUGACUAUGUUUUCUAUGCUUCCUUAUUCCUUUUAUCUGCCUCUCCCUGUCCUUCUCAAUGAUCCUUCACGAGAAAGCAGCGCCAUCAAGGGUGGGGGGAGGGGAGAACAAAUUCCAAAAGAAGGCUGUUUCUAAAAGGAUUUUUAAAACUGACAUUGUGCAUGUCUGCUCCAAAUUAUGCCGUGACUGAUGCAAGCAUUAUGAUUUUUAAAUGAUUUGAAGGUUUUUAAAAUGAAUUACACAGAGAAAAGGUAUUUCACAUAUAAUAGUAUAGCUAUAGCUCUUGCCAAUCUCAUGGUAGCAAUCUGUCAUGUAUGAAAGAUGUCUUUAAACAUAGAAAUCUACUUAAAAACUGCAAAGCUUCAAAAAUUCAAUCUAGGAAUAUCGUUAGAAAUAUUAUAAUCAAACAGGUACCACCUCACCCAUUGCUUUCUCUGCACUCAUUUACAUUUAGUCUUCCAGUCUGUCAGAAUCUAAAAGCUUCAACAUAAAAACAUCUUAAUUUAUAAUGCAACAGGAACCAUAUAUGAAACAAUGCUUACAUUUUGUAAAUACACAAUAAUCCUAAUCCAUUCGUACAAUGCAUAUGGGCAACUAAUUCUCUUUUGAUCCAAUGAUGUCUUUUUUCAGCUUCUUGGAGAAUGACGUUAUCCAGUUAGGAAAUGAUGUAGUAACAUAUACAAUUACCCUCAGAUGUAAAAUUGAAUAUUAUCACCUUCUGUUCGAACUGAAAUUUGAAGCAUGGUGUUUGCACAUCAGCAUAGUGUUAAAUCUUAUAGGGCAUGCUGGAAUUAUCUCAGAUCGUACAAAUAUUUAACAUUUUACAUUAUAAUAACAAAAUUUUAGUUAAGCUAAGCUUGUCUCAUUUUAGAUGACUAUGCAGAUGUGAUUUUUCCAAUGUGCACUUGGUGUCUUGUCUUAUGCUUAGAAUAUU